CGGGACAUUCCCCCUAGUUUGAACAACGGUUCCCGGGCAGCAUUCAGUUCAAUCCCCGAGCCGGAGAGCGGAGCUCGGAUUCUCUCAAUCUCUCAAGAUGCCCUCGGGACAACAGGCUCAGGGGGGCAAAAUGUUCGGGUUAUUAAAAGCGCAACAGGAGGAGCGGCUGCACAGUGUGAACAAGGAAUUUCUGGAAGAUCCGAAGUAUAAAGAUGAAGAAAACCUGGCAGAAAAUCUGGAAUCUUUCAAAAAGAAGUACAUGGAAUUUGAUCUCAACGACCAAGGUGACAUUGACCUGAUGAGCCUGAAACAGAUGCUGGAGAAACUCGGCGUUCCCAAGACCCAUCUGGAGGUGAAGAAGAUGAUUGCUGAAGUAACCGGUGGCAGCAGUGAGACCAUCUCCUACCGUGACUUUGUCACCAUGAUGCUGGGCAAACGCUCCGCGGUCCUCAGAUUAAUUAUGGUGUUUGAAGGAAAGAGUGAUGGAAAUGGUUCAAAACCCUUGGGACCUCCUGCUAAGAGAGACAUCUCCAGCCUCCCGUGAGCACGGGCUGGGAACGAACAUGGUGCCUAUCUUGGUUUGUAAAUAAUUCCGUCUGAUCCUUUAUUCCGGCUCUGUGGGGGAGAAGUGGGGUGAGAGCAAACUGAAUCCACUGUCAAACUGGAUCCAUUGUCAAACUGAAUCCAUUGUCAAACUGAAUCCAUUGUCAAACUGAAUCCAUUGUCAAACUGAAUCCAUUGUCAAACUGAAUCCAUUGUCAAACUGAAUCCAUUGUCAAACUGAAUCCAUUGACAAGCUGAAUUCAUUGUCAAACUGAAUCCAUUGUUAAGCAUGUAUCCAUUGUCAAACUGAAUCCACUGUCAAACUGAAUCCACUGUCAAACUGGAUCCAUUGUCAAGCAUGUAUCCAUUAUCAAGCUGAAUUCAUUGUCAAGCUGAAUCCAUUGUCAAGCUGAAUCCAUUGUCAAGCUGAAUCCAUUGACAAGCUGAAUCCGUUGUCAAGCUGAAUCCGUUGUCAAGCUGAAUUCAUUGUCAAACUGGAUCCGUUGUCAAGCUGAAUUCAUUGUCAAACUGGAUCCAUUGUCAAACUGAAUCUAUUGUCAAACUGAAUCCAUUGUCAAGCAUGUAUACAUUGUCAAACCGAAUUCAUUUUCAAGAUGAAUUAAGACCAUAAAACAUAGGAGCAGAAAUUAGGCCUUUCGGCUCAUCGAGUCUGCUCCGCCAUUCAAUCAUGGCUGAUAAGUUUCUCAACUCCAUUCUCCUGCCUUCCCACCGUAACCUUUGAUCCCCUUACCAAUCAAGAACAUAUUGUCAAGCUGAAUCCAUUGUCAAGCUGAAUCCAUUGACAAGCUGGAUCCAUUGUCAAGCAUGUAUCCAUUGUCAAACUGAAUCCAUUGUCAAGCUGAAUUCACUGUCAAAUUGAAUCCGUUGUCAAGCAUGUAUCCAUUGUCAAGCUGAAUUCAUUGUCAAACUGAAUCCAUUGUCAAGCAUGUAUCCAUUGUCAAGCUGAAUCCAAUGUUAAGCUGAAUCCAAUGUUAAGCUGAAUGCAUUGUCAAGUUGAAUUCAUUGUCAAACCAAAUCCAUUGUCAAGCUGAAUUCAUUUUCAAGAUGAAUUCAUUUUCAAGAUGAAUUCAUUUUCAAGAUGAAUUCAUUUUCAAGAUGAAUUCAUUUUCAAGAUGAAUCCAUUGUCAAGCUGAAUCCAUUGUCAAGCAUUUAUCCAUUGUCAAACUGAAUCCAUUGUCAAGCUGAAUUCACUGUCAAACUGAAUCCAUUGUCAAGCAUGUAUACAUUGUCAAGCUGAAUUCAUUUUCAAGAUGAAUUAAGACCAUAAGACAUAGGAGCAGAAAUUAGGCCUUUCGGCUCAUCGAGUCUGCUCCGCCAUUCAAUCAUGGCUGAUAAGUUUCUCAACUCCAUUCUCCCGCCUUCCCACCGUAACCUUUGAUCCCCUUACCAAUCAAGAACAUAUUGUCAAGCUGAAUCCAUUGUCAAACUGAAUCCAUUGUCAAACUGAAUCCAUUGUCAAACUGAAUCCAUUGUCAAACUGAAUCCAUUGUCAAGCUGAAUCCAUUGUCAAGCUGAAUCCAUUGUCAAGCUGAAUCCAUUGUCAAGAUGAAUUCAUUGUCAAACUGAAUCCAUUGUUAAGCAUGUAUCCAUUGUCAAACUGAAUCCACUGUCAAGCUGAAUUCACUGUCAAACAAUCCAUUGUCAAGCAUGUAUCCAUUAUCAAGCUGAAUCCAUUGUCAAGCUGAAUCCAUUGUCAAGCUGAAUCCAUUGUCAAGCUGAAUCCAUUGUCAAGCUGAAUCCAUUGUCAAGAUGAAUUCAUUGUCAAACUGAGUACAUUGUCAAGCAUAUACCAUUGUCAAGCAUAUACCAUUGUCAAGCUGAAUCCAUUGUCAAGCAUAUAUCCAUUGUCAAGAUGAAUCCAUUGUCAACCUGAAUCCAUUGACAAACUGAAUCCAUUGUCAGUGAAGACUAUACCUAGUGCACUCGGUGUUUCUCAAAUCUGUGUCACCUUGUGUUCUCAAGGAAGGAAGCAGACGUUUUAUUGCAUAUCAGUCCAGAGUUGUCCAGUAGAACUUGCUGACCAGCCCAAUGUAAGAAUCCAUUUUGGGCACAGGCACUCAUUUUAGUAGAAAAAUACAUUUAAGCUGUCAGCUGUCCCUAAGUGAGUUGCACUCUUGCCUCUGAGUCAGAGGGUUGUGGGUUCAAGUCUUCACUCCAAGGACACUCCUGGUGCAGUACCGAGGGAGUGCUGCACUGCCGGAGGUGUCGUCUUUUGGAUGAGGCUUUAAACUAAGGGUCUGAUUGCCUCUCAGGUGGGUGUACAAAAUUCUGUGGCCACUAUUUUGAAGAGGAGCAGGGGAGUUCUCUUUUGUAGCCUGUCAAAUAUUUAUUCCUCAACUAACAUAACUUUAAAAAAACACAUUAUCUGGUCGUUAUUGCAUUGCUGUUUGUAGGAUCUUGCUGUGCACAAAUUGGCUGCCGUUUUUCCUACGUCGCAGCAGUGGCUACAAUUCAAAUUCACCGACUCUGCCAUAUUCUGUCCAUUGCUACCGGUAGGUUGGCUGUGGUAAUUGAAGCUAUGGGACGGUUAAUCAGAAAGAAUUCAACUCCAGUUUUACAUAGAAUGAGCAUUGCAGAAACAGGCCAAUCAGCCCAACUGGUCCGUGCUGGUGUUUACACUCCACAUGAGCCUCUUCACCUCACCUUAUCAAUAUAUCCUUUCUUCAUGUAUUUAUCCAGCUUCAUCUUAAAAGCAUUAAUACCAAUCACCUCAACCACUCCCUAUGGUAGCGAUUCCACAUUCUCUCCGCUCACUGGGCAAAGACGUUUCUCCUGAAUUCCCCGAUUGGAUUUAUUAAUGACCAUCUUAUGUUGAUGGCCCAAGUUCCGGUCCUCCCAUAAGUGGAAACAUCAUUACUGUGUCUACCCUGUCCAACCCUUUCAUAAUUUUAAAGACCUCUAUCAGGUUGUCUCUCAACCUUCUCUUUUCUGGAGAAAAGCGCCCCAGCCUGUUCAAUCUUUCCUGAAGGGUAUAACCUCACAGUUCUGCUCUCAUCCAUGUAAAUGUUUUUUGCACUUUGGCCAGUGCCUCAAUAUUCUUUGAGUUAUGAAAGAUUUGGUUCUGGAUGCUGUCAGUCCCACUCGGCUUGACCCGUGCUAUCUUUCAGCUCAGUGACAUAAAAUUUAUUCCAAUCUCUCUAACUUCAUCAAUUUUUGCUAUGGAAAAUAUUUAAAACUGUAUAUAUAUAUAUCCAUAUAUAUAUAUAUGUAUAUUGUAGCGAAUGGAAACCUUUGUUGUAAUGAUUUCAGUGCUCUGUGCAGUGGGAAUGGUUGGAUAAUUCAAUUCACGGUUAAUAACAAAAUAAUCAAAAUUUUGUACACCUUCAGAUAUGAAAUAAACAAUUUGAAA